CUAUGCUACAAUAAAAAGUGUAGCCGAGGGCAUGCUGGACGUUGCCUUACUUAUGUCUAAUGCAACACAGAUGGUUGGAGUUAUCGAUCAAGGGCCACAAUUUAAGUACUACAUUCCUCUCAUUGUCCUGAUUAGUCUCUCUCUCAUACUUCAGGCUGUUAUCUUUGCCCUACUUGUUUUUGCUGCAAAAACCAAUGUGAAUGAAGUUGACAACCAGAAAAGGUUGAACCAUUGCAACAAAAUUACCACUCUCCUUGUGGGGACCGUUCUCCUCAUAAACGUAUUCAUCACUUCACUUGAGACACAGAAGAAAAAGUCUUGAUGACCUCAGGAAUCCCAACUCCCCCAUCGUACAGACGAAACUGAGACGCAGCAUUUUAGAAUCUCCAAGAUGACAGCAACAUUCUGACUGAAGUAUUCCAGAUUUUAUAUCUGUUUUGUAAUUUGCUUUUCAAUAAUAACUUUUGUAUUUUAAUCGGAUAUGUCCAA